AGCACAGCACUUGACUCAAAUAGCUGAAGCCCUUUCAAUUAAUGUAGCGCAGGGCAAUGGCCAGCUUUCUGAGUGGUGUGAUUUCUGGCCUUUUUUGCGUUGUUCUUGGAAUUGGCUGCCUUCUUUUCGCAAAACAGACCCCAGCAGAUGGUUGUAGCCUUUGGCUUCGACGUUUGAUGGACACUAAAAGCUGGAGCGAUGAUGACGACAAUCACAUCGACAUCAAUGACAUGAAAAGCGACACCUUUCUUUCAACUAGAAGAGAAGAACAUGCAGACGAAGAGGAUAUGAGGAGCUCUGCACAAACCAAGCAAAGAACUUUUCAUGAGCAUGAUGAUGUGUUCAAAGAUGUUCAUUCUUGGAGUACGAAGAAACUUCGUGAGGCGUUGAGGACACUAGAAGGAGAGCUCCAGAGAAGGGAAAGGGAAUUCAGGAAAAUUGAGAUCUCUUCGAGACCAGACGUUACUCCUGCCGGUGGAGCUCGGUUCAAGUAUGUUCACAAACACACAUACGCUACAGGCGAUCCAAAAGCCGCUGCUUAUUUCGUUGCCAGUUACUUUGGAGGGUGGUGUAACCAUGAACCUGGACAUGGCAAGCAGCGCACACACUGCAAUGAUACAGCCUUUGAAGAGCCAAUGACAUGGAAUGCAUAUUUUCCUCCAAGUUUGGAGCAGCCUCUUGGCUUCUCAAUUCAUUCUGUGAAGAAUCCUCACAAACUGCCAGCAAAAGCGCCUAUGAAUGAAACAGAGCUUGGGCUCUUGGUGGAAAAAUGGCGAGGUAAUUUUAGCCAGACAGGCCGCUUUGAUCAAUUCAUGGACAAUCAUUUGGGCUUGGUCUUUGAUUCACUGGAUCCGCUGGUUGAGAAAUGGCAGCGUGAUGGAGUGCCUUUUAUUUGUCGUUCGUGGUGCUGUGGACCUGGCUUCGAACAGUGGCCAGAUCGGUGCCCCUUUGGGCCCAGCUCUGACACAGACUUCUGCGAGCAGGGUUGCUAUGUGGAAGUGCCUCACGGAAUCAUUUUGGAAGCUCUUUGCGGCAUGGAGAAUUACAAAGCCUCACGGAAAUGCCUCACGAAGGUUGGACCUCAUCAGUUAAAGUCUUUUGAUCUCUGUUCAGACAACUAGCAGUAACUAGCAACCAGCAGCUGCUUAGCAGCUAGCUACGAGAGGCUACACGCUGGUCUUUUCCACUAUCUACUGCAGUUGCCCGAGCCCCACAACAAAAAGAUUUGCUUUCACCUUCUAGGGUUAUGCUGGUC